AUGGUAGAAGUAGCGGGUGACACAUCAACGGUCGAUGUAUCGGGAACCCUUGGAAAAUCAGAUGUCACUAUAAAAGUUCGUGACAAAGCAGCAAGACGAUUUCGAAGUGGAGCUGAAGUUUCUGCGUUUUGCAAAACCUUUACAACCGAGACAACAACAACAACAUCAAUAACAACCACUGCUACCACAACCAUACCCACACCCACCACACAAACACCAACGACCUCCACGACGGAAACGACCACCGAAAUAACGUCCCCAACAACAACGUCCACGACACCAACGUCCCAGACACCAACAUCCCCUACUCCAAUGUCGACCACACCAACGUCAACAACAACAGCCACCACCACUCUAAUAACAACUACAUUAUCUACCAACACACCAACGCCAGCACCAACCAGCAUAGAAACUUCUACAUCAACCAUGCUUACAACGGAAUCAACCUCCAGCGAAGCAACCACCGCUAUGUCCUCUAGCACUGGACCUACAGACGCAACUACUGCAUCGACCUCCAGCGAAGCAACCACCGCUAUGUCCUCUAGCACAGGCCCUACAGGCUCUACAACUGCAUCGACAUCCACCGAAGCAACCACCUCCUCCAGCACUGGACCUACAGACGCAACUACUGCAUCGACCUCCACCGAAGCAACCACCGCUAUGUCCUCCAGCACUGGACCUACAGACGCUACAACUGCCUCGACCCCCACAUAG